CAGGGCUCCGCCCCUCGCCUCGGCCCAGCCCCGGGGUCCGGGCAGAGGGUUCCAGUGUCCUCGGGCCGGAGUCUCCGUGCUGCUUGCUCUACGGUGCCGGCUGCGCGGAGCUGGGAUGCGCUGCGCCUGCUGCGGGUCCUCAGCAUGGAGACCAAACGCCUGGAGAUUCCCGGCAGCGUCCUGGACGAUCUCUGCAGCCGAUUUAUUUUGCAUAUUCCUAGCGAGGAAAGAGACAAUGCAAUCCGAGUUUGCUUCCAGAUCGAACUCGCCCAUUGGUUUUACUUGGAUUUCUACAUGCAGAACACACCAGGAUUACCUCAGUGUGGGAUAAGAGACUUUGCCAAAGCUGUCUUCAGUCAUUGCCCAUUUCUGCUGCCACAAGGGGAAGAUGUGGAAAAAGUUUUGGAUGAAUGGAAGGAAUAUAAAAUGGGAGUGCCAACCUAUGGUGCGAUCAUCCUUGAUGAGACACUUGAGAAUGUACUGCUGGUUCAGGGGUAUCUGGCAAAAUCAGGCUGGGGGUUUCCAAAAGGAAAAGUAAAUAAAGAGGAAGCACCCCACGACUGUGCCGCUAGAGAGGUCUUCGAAGAAACUGGUUUUGAUAUAAAAGACUAUAUUUGUAAGGAUGAUUACAUUGAACUUCGAAUCAAUGACCAGCUUGCUCGUUUGUAUAUCAUUCCAGGAGUUCCAAAAGACACAAAGUUUAACCCCAAAACCAGAAGGGAAAUUAGGAACAUUGAGUGGUUCUCCAUUGAGAAAUUGCCCUGUCAUAGAAAUGAUAUGACUCCCAAGUCCAAGCUUGGCUUGGCACCUAAUAAGUUUUUUAUGGCCAUUCCCUUUAUCAGACCACUAAGAGACUGGCUGUCUCGAAGAUUUGGAGAUUCCUCGGACAGUGACAACGGUUUUUCCUCAACUGGUAGCACACCGGCUAAACCCACUGUGGAAAAAUUGAGUCGAACAAAAUUCCGCCACCACCAGCAGCUGUUUCCUGAAGGUUCUCCUAGUGACCAGUGGGUAAAGCACAGGCAGCCUCUGCAGCAGAAGCCACACAGUAACCAUGUGGAAGCGUCGUCGUCGGACCCUUCCAAAGCAAAGAAUCAAAAUAUGAGAGGGAAUGGCAGAAAGCAGUACCAAGAUUCACCUAAUCAAAAGAAGAGAACAAACGGAGUUCACAGUCAACCAGCAAAGCAGCAGAAUCCCUUGAUGAAAUGUGAAAAGAAGCUGCAUCCACGAAAACUUCAGGACAACUUUGAGACAGAUGCCGGGUAUGACUUGCCUUGUUCUGGUGAAGACCCAUUGGCAGAACAUGUUGAGGGACACCCUGUGGCGUGUAACGGACAUUGCAAGUUCCCAUUUUCAUCCCGGACCUUCCUGAGUUUCAAGUUUGACCAAAAUGCUAUAAUGAAAAUCUUGGACCUUUGAUAGCAGCAAGUGUAUUGCAGAAGUCCCAUGAUCAGAGACCUGUCGCUUUGAGUGGUGUCUCCUCAAGCCUUACCUUUCUCAGGUAUCUGAAAGAAAUGCAGGGAGGCAGUUUCUAAAGAGGAUUUUCUGUACAGAAGAGAAACUAGAAAGAAACACAAAUUUGCACUGUAAAUGCAGUUAGAACUUUUUCUAUGGAUCUACCGUUUCAGUGUUUGCAACCAGGUUUUAGCAGCCUUUGGUUUUUGUCUUUUCCUUUUUGAGGGCAUUUAUUUUAUAUUCUGAUCAAGAAAAGAGCUGUUUUGAUUGAGUCAUCAUCAACAAGUAGCCAAGUGAAUAGGAGUGUUUCAUCUCCACAUCUUAGUGAUUGCAGUAAGUUUUCUUACUGAAAAUUUUAACGGAAACUUAAACCCCCAGUUAUUAAUGAGCAUUAAGAGCUGAAACAUGACGUCAGGAUUGCAGGCAUUUUGCUCAUUUCUCUGCUUCUAACCACCGAGAAGCUAAUCCUUCUAUUUGGAAUUUAUCAGUUUAUUUAGAACCAGCAUCUUCAAAACAAUACUCAUCUGCACAGUGAACUCUUGAGCACUUCAUCAGGACAAAGUCCACAGCCUGGAGAGGGGAUGAAUUAAAUGCUGUAAUUCCGAGCUGUGCUGUAUGCUGUCCCAGAACCUAUGAGUGCUGGAGCAGAAUGAAUGGAAGCCAGUUGCUGGCAGCUACUUUGGGUCAUGCUUGACCAUCCUGCCUCCAGGUGCUCAGUAUUGUGCAAUGAUUAUGCUCAUGUGAAAUAUCUAUACAUACUCUACUGUGAGUAUAUGUGGGAAACUACAUUCUUAGUUUUAUAUUGCAUCUCAGUGUUGAUCUGUGGAAGCUGAUGUCAUAUUAGGUUCCAGUUUGCUAUAAUAGCAGAGUGACAUGCUUUUUAUUAAUGUCUUGAAGCCCCCUCGGUUAUAAAGUGAGAAAAGAAGGGGUUAUGCAAUUUACCCGGUACAAAUAAAUAAAGCGUGUUGCUGGGGGACCCUUUAAGUAAUGUAUUUAGCUCACACCUAGGAAUGUAUUUUGUAUUUUGCUCCUUCGGGAUUCUUAAAUCCAAACAAGCAUGACAAUGCCCAUUUUGCAAAGGCUCAUCUGAAACUGAGGACAAUCACCAGAGCUUUAAGGAGGCAAUAGCAUCUUGGCUGCAUCUGACCUCGCUGAGAAUAUUUCCUGGGGGUGGGAUGGGGUGUUUGAGUGCAUGUGCACGUGCAUCUGUCAUGUGGGUUUUUUUAAAGUUGUUUUUUUUUUUACAAGUGGUAUCCACAAAGUAUAUCUCUGCUUAUAAAUAUUACUAUAGAAAUCUUUA